CUACAACCCUAAACCAGCCGCUAGGGUUGAGGUCUCCAGCGAAAUGGCGCUCUCGCCGAAGGAAGCCGACAUCCAGAUGAUGCUGGCCUCGGCAGUGCAUCUGGGCACCAAGAACUGCGAUUUCCAGAUGGAGCGCUACGUCUGGAAGCGCCGCUCCGACGGCAUCUUCAUCAUCAAUGUCGGGAAGACGUGGGAGAAGCUCCAGCUCGCGGCCCGCGUGAUUGUGGGCAUCGAGAACCCCCACGAUAUCAUCGUGCAGUCGGCCAGGCCUUACGGGCAGCGCGCGGUGCUCAAGUUUGCGCAGUACACUGGCGCGCAGGCCAUCGCCGGGAGGCACACCCCUGGAACUUUCACCAAUCAGCUCCAGAACUCCUUCUCGGAGCCUCGCCUCCUCAUUCUCACGGAUCCGCGCACAGAUCACCAGCCGAUUAAGGAGGCCGCGCUUGGAAACAUCCCUGUGAUCGCCUUCUGCGACACGGACUCGCCCAUGAAGUACGUGGACAUUGCUAUCCCGGCCAACAACAAGGGGAAGCACAGCAUUGGGUGCUUGUUUUGGAUGCUCGCUCGGAUGGUGCUCCAGAUGCGCGGCACCAUCGCUCCCAGCCAGAAGUGGGAUGUCAUGGUGGACUUGUUUUUCUACCGGGAGCCCGAUGAGACCAAGGACCGGGAGGGCGAGGAAGCCGCGAUUGUUCCGCAGGAGUACAACGAGUUUUCGACUGCGCCACUGCCUUACUCGACCGCGUCCGUGCCGGAGGCGGCCUGGGACGGUGCUGCCGCAGAGGCUACCUGGGAAGCGACCGCUGCACCCGCAGCUGUUCCUGUUGAUCCUGCUACUGCUGCUACUGUCGCUGCUCCAGAAUGGGCUGCAGCAGCUCCUCCCCCUGCUGCCGCACAAGGUUGGGACGCGGCCGCUGCUCCAGUUGCGGCUGCUGGAUGGGAGAGCACUCCGGCCGCGACUGGCUGGUCUGAGACAACACCAAUGUACUGAGCCAAGCUUUUAGAAACCAGAGUAACAUCAAGUUUUGUAUGGAAAGAAUGAAAGCCUGGGAGCAAUUUACUCUUUCAACUUUGCUUUUUCGUGUUGUGAGGUGAACCAAAAACAGAGAAUAAAUCUAGAGAGCUUCAAACGCUA